CACCGACCAGGAUUGUUGGACACGAUGUACUCACUGUUAAACUAGAGGAGCUAGAGAAAGCGUGCACGCCACUGAAGCACAAACAUGAUAGACCUUUGAUUAGAAUUUAAAGGUCUUCAGCUUGAACUUAAGCAAAUGACCAAAUGAAAUAUGGUUAUGGGAACGACAACCAUGGAUAGUCCAGUUAAUAGCGUGUCGACCCUGUCUUUAGCUGAAAUAGCCCAUCGAGAAUACCAGAAUGGAAAUUAUGACCGAGCAGAGAAGAUGUGUAUUCAGUGGUGGAGGAGAGAACCUGAAAAUACUGGCUGUUUGUUGUUGUUGUCGUCGAUCCAUUUCCAGUGUCGUCGAUUAGAUCAGUCUGCCCAAUUCAGCACUUUGGCUAUAAAGCAGAAUCCAAUGCUUGCUGAAGCAUAUUCUAACCUUGGCAAUGUCUUAAAGGAGAAAGGACAGCUAAAAGAGGCUCUCAACAAUUACAGACAUGCAGUCAAGCUUAAACCAGAUUUUAUUGAUGGCUACAUCAAUUUGGCUGCUGCCCUUGUUGCUGCAGGAGACCUAGAAGGAGCAGUCCAAGCCUAUGCAACAGCUUUACAGUAUAACCCUGAUCUGUAUUGUGUGAGAAGUGACCUUGGCAAUUUACUAAAAGCUUUAGGCCGAUUGGAAGAGGCAAAGGCAUGUUAUUUAAAAGCAAUUGAGACACAGCCAAACUUUGCUGUGGCCUGGAGUAAUUUAGGAUGCGUGUUCAAUGCACAAGCUGAGAUUUGGCUUGCUAUUCAUCAUUUUGAAAAAGCAGUGCAAAUUGACCCUAACUUUUUGGAUGCCUAUAUAAAUCUUGGGAAUGUUCUGAAGGAAGCAAGAAUUUUUGACAGGGCUGUCACAGCAUAUCUACGUGCAUUAGCCAUCAGUCCAAGCCAUGCUAUUGUCCAUGGUAACCUUGCAUGUGUUUACUAUGAGCAAGGGCUUAUUGAUCUUGCCGUUGAUACUUACAAAAGAGCCAUUGAGCUACAACCAAAUUUCCCGGACGCUUAUUGCAACCUUGCCAAUGCGUUAAAAGAGCAAGGAAAGGUUGAAGAGUCAGAAGAGUGCUAUAACACCGCUUUGCAACUAUGUCCAACGCAUGCAGAUUCACUGAACAAUCUCGCAAACAUCAAAAGGGAACAGGGAAAGAUCGAGGAAUCAAUAAGAUUAUACUGCAAGGCUUUAGAAGUUUUCCCAGAAUUUGCGGCAGCUCACUCAAAUCUUGCAAGCGUUUUACAGCAGCAAGGAAAACUGCACGAAGCACUCAUUCACUACAAAGAAGCCAUUAGGAUCCACCCUACGUUUGCCGAUGCCUAUUCGAACAUGGGAAACGCUUUGAAAGAAAUGCAGGACAUAAACGGUGCCAUCCAGUGCUACACGAGGGCAAUCCAAAUAAACCCAGCAUUUGCUGAUGCGCAUAGUAAUUUGGCAUCUGUAUAUAAGGAUUCGGGUAACAUCGCGGAAGCAAUACAGUCUUACAGGACAGCUUUAAAGCUGAAACCGGAAUUUCCUGAUGCCUACUGCAACUUAGCCCACUGUUUGCAAAUAAUAUGUGACUGGGCCGAUUACAAAUCACGUAUGAAGAAGCUUCUAGCAAUUGUUGAGGAUCAGCUCUCAAGAAAUCGACUGCCAUCAGUACAUCCGCAUCACACAAUGUUGUACCCGUUAUCUGCUUACCAACGAAAGGCAAUAGCAAAUAGACAUGGCAAUCUUUGUGUCGAUAAGGUUGCUUUACUGCACAAACCAGCCUACAAUCACCCACGCGACACAAAGUCAAGCCGUGGAAGGCUAAGAGUUGGUUACGUGAGCAGCGAUUUUUGUAAUCAUCCGACCUCACAUUUGAUGCAGAGUAUACCUGGUUUUCAUGACAGAUCUAAGGUGGAGAUCUUCUGUUAUUCGCUCACCAAUGAUGACAACACAAGUUUUAGGAAGAAAGUUGAAAAGGAAGCUGAACACUUUAUCGAUCUCACUCAGUUCACUUGCCAUGGCCAGGCUGCAGAUAGAAUCAACUCAGAUGGCAUCCACAUCCUCGUAAAUAUGAACGGCUACACAAAAGGAGCCCGAAACGAAAUCUUCGCAUUGAAGCCAGCACCAGUGCAGAUCAUGUGGCUUGGUUACCCUGGAACAAGUGGAGCAACUUACAUGGAUUACAUCAUAACGGACAGAGUAACAUCACCGGUCCAGUUCAGUGAUCACUAUGCCGAGAAGCUGGCCUUAAUGCCCCAUUCUUUCUUUGUGGGCGAUCACAAGCAAAUGUUUCCCCAUCUCAUUCGUGAUGUCACUGGCGACAAGCGCAACGAAGCUAAGCUGAAACAGUAUGCAAUGGAGCAAGCCAAUGGCGAAGUUAAUGCGGAGAAUAUUUCUGUUACAUGCACUACAUCAGUUGCAAGGUUCAUCUCCAUGAAUGUAGAAAAAAGAAAGGAGGAGGUUGUUGGAACGAAGGACAGCGGAGAAAGGGUCCCAGAAGUGACUCCCGCCAUGACUAGGGAAACCUAUGGGCUUCCAAGUAAUGCAUUUGUUUUUUGCAAUUUUAACCAGUUGUACAAAAUCGACCCGGAAACGUUUGAAUCUUGGUGUAGUAUCCUGAAAAGAGUUCCUCACAGUGUCUUAUGGCUGCUGCGUUUUCCUGCUGCUGGCGAGGCCAACGUCAAAGCUCAAGCUGCUGCGCUCGGUGUCGAGCAGGACAGAAUUGUUUUCUCAAAUGUUGCCCCAAAGGAGGAGCACGUCAGACGAGGGCAGCUGGCGGAUGUGUGUCUAGAUACACCUCUGUGUAAUGGCCAUACAACUGGGAUGGAUGUACUCUGGGCAGGUUGUCCCAUGGUUACACUUCCACUUGAUACCUUCGCAUCAAGAGUUGCAUCUUCACAACUUUCAGCCAUAGGUAUUCCAGAACUUAUUGCAAGAUCAAGAAAAGACUAUGAAGAUAUAGCUGUUAGACUUGGCAGAGAUGAGAAAUAUUAUAAUAAUAUAAAGAAAAAAGUUUGGGAUGGUCGCUUACUUUCGUCACUCUUCGACACGCAGAAGUACGCUCGUGAUCUAGAGACGCUGUUCUACAGAGUUUGGCGAAGAUACGAAAAAGGCCUACCAAUAGAUCACAUAUCAUUGGAAUAAAUAUCUUCGUGAAUAUCGAGAAGAAACAUUUCUUUAUCCGUGCCUACUGUCAAGACAAUUCAAAAUAUGAAGAUGGAUCUUGCAUCAAAUAUAGUGAAAACUUGUAUAUAAUUGACUGACUUGCUUUUCAAUUCUAGAAACAUCAAUAAAAGAAGUGUGGUUAGGUUGGCAGUCCCUGUUGUCUGAUUUUUGUACUAUUUUCAACCCAAAUUUAUAAUAGGCUUGAUUCUGAUACGUUUUAAUAGGAGAGUUUAAAUGCUAGAUCUUGUUUGCAGGAACUAUACAUGUGGUUGGUUAUUUUAAACAAUGGGCUUGCCGUUAGAGGCGCCUUUGUGUAAUGUAAUAUUUUUCAAUGCAAUUUUCACCAUUUAAAUUCCCCAUGAAAGUUGAUUAUUAAAACUUGCUUUAAACCUAUAAUACACUUGGCAGUUUUAGACAUGUCAGCACUGUGACAUAUUAAUGAAGAGUGGGUUUAGGGGUCGGUAUAGGAAAAGGGUUGGUUGAUGGGCGAUAUGUUCAGUAUGACAUCACAUCGCUGACUUCAAAACCCCGUUAUUUCUAAAGGCUAUUUUUGGUUAUUUAAGAUUCGCAGAUUGUGUUUGAGAUCGUAUUAUAAUUUCUGUAUAUUCUUAAAUUGCCUGACAUGUCGUAGCCAUAUAAGUACUGAGAUUUUGCAAUUCAAUUUGUUUCGUAUGCAAAAAUUAUAGUUAUGUUUAUAGAUUAAGGACAGUUAUUUAAGCGCCCA